CGUUGACCGCUCGCCUAAGCCUGGGUGCAGGGUUUAUUGUUCGCUCCUUCCCCUCCACGCCGCCUGAGCUCCUGUCCGCCGCCGCCGCCGCCGCGGUGGGCGCACGCAGCCAAAGAUACCACACGCCGCCUCGCUUCCGUCCACCGCCGCUUCGGCGGGGCACGCAACACCAUGGCUGUGGUACAAGCCGGCAUGGGCCUCACCCGCUUCGUCCUCCUCGUCGGCAUCGGUGCUGUCGGCGGUCCCAUCGCCGCCCGCAACGGCAAACUCGGCGAGCUCCUCCGCGAUCUUCAGAAGUCUCUUACAGAGAAGGGGGCAGGAGUGGAAUCGCCCGCCAUCAACGACGACACUAACAACAUAGUGGCUAAAGCACUUGCUCUAUUGGAAAAGGAGAUUCAUCACAUUGGGACAAGACCUAUUAUUCAGGUGGAUACAGGAAACGGAGCUGGAUCAGCUUUGAUAGUACCUGCUGCUGCUGUAGGAACAGUCGGCUACUGUUACAUGUGGUGGAAAGGAAUCUCCUUUUCUAGCUUGAUGUAUGUCACUAAACGCAAUAUGGCUAAUGCUGUUGCAAGCAUGACUAAGCAUCUGCAACAAGUGCAGAGCUCUCUUGCCGCUGCUAAAAAGCAAUUAUCACAGCGCAUUCAGCGCGUGGAUGAUAAAUUGGAACAGCAGAAGGAGAUUUCGGUGCAAAUAAAAGAUCAGGUUACUGGUGCAAAGUUGAAAAUCAAGAACAUUGGAUCAGACAUGAAUAAAAUAAAAAAUAUGGUUACGGGCCUGAAUGAGAAGAUAGAUUCAAUUGAAGCAAAACAGAAUUAUUCACGUGUGGCCGUGGAUUAUCUCUGCCAAUUCAUAGAAAAAAGGGUUGACAAGCUGCCGGAACAGCUGGAAGGAUUGCAACAAACAGUAAAGCGUAUAGGAUACAAGAACUCAGAGUUGCCACCGGGGCUGGGGGGGUUCGGGCAACUGCUGUCCACCGAAUCAGCAAACCCUUGCAGUAGAAGAAUGCUUCGAUCAGCAGGCCUGAACUCUGCACGUCUGAUUCUGCCUUGACGGUGAGAGAGAUCAAGCAAUGCAUGGAUGCAUUUACCGACGCCUUGUGAAAUUUUGUACAGGGAAACACCUUGAUUUAGGGAGGCUGGUAGAUUAUCUGUGACUGUUUUUUAGGUGUUAGAUUAGAUGGCGUGUUCCGUCUUUCUAAGGCCUUGUUUAGUUCCAAAAAAUUUUGGGAAAUCGAUACUGUAGCACUUUCGUUUAUAUUUGACAAAUAAUAUCCAAUCAUGAACUAACUAGGCUCAAAAGAUUCGUCUCGUCAAUUUCGACC